AUGGCCGACCUGCCUAAAGAGCGAAUUCAGGCCUCGCGCCCAUUCAUAGUCACCGAUGUGGACUACUGUGGGCCAUUUUAUUACAAGCCUGAAGUACGCAAUAAAUCGCCCCACAAAUGUUAUGUAAGCGUUUUCAUUUGCUUCGCCACAAAGGCUGUAUGGAUGGAGUUGGUAAGAGACCUCUCAACAGGUGCUUUCAUUGACGCGCUAAAACGAUUCAUCGCUACGCGUGGCAUACCCAGCUGCAUCUGGUCUGACAAUGCGACGAAUUUUGUAGGCGCCAAGAACGAGCUUAAAGAACUACGGAACUUAGCCCUCAGCGAAGUCCACAACUUUUGCCUCAGUAAUGGCUUUGAUUGGCGUUUCAUCCCACCUCGCUCUCCGCACUUUGGCGGUUUGUGGGAAGCGGCCGUAAAAAUAGCCAAACAACAUUUCUAUCGUUCCGUUGGCUCAUCACUGCUUGGCUUCGAUGAAUUGCAAAACCCAGAGGAUUUAGAUGUGCUAACGCCAGGCCAUUUUUUGAUUGGUGGUUCUCUGACAGCUCUUCCGGAACCGGAUCUAACGACGCUAAACUACGACCGACUUGAUCGAUAG